UGCCGACGCGAGUGCAGCACGCAGGACGAACGGUCAACAAAAGGACAAGCGGUUAAAAACCAGGGGAAAUCCAGGAGAGUGCUAGACGACGACUACCACCUAAUGCUGAUUGAAAUUUACGAUUAUGCUGCGAAAUUAUUAAACAAUAUGACCGCAAGAGGAGGAGGAGGAGGAGUAGGAGUCAGGAAUACAGCCGGAAAAGGCCAAAAGGGCGGAGCCGUCGAGACCAUUAAUAACGAAACAACGGGGAGGCUGAGGGGCCUGCUCAGUCGCACUCUGGCCAAAGUGGCCCGGGCCAAUCCUGCCCAGCACGUGACUAACCUGCCUGUUUCCGCCCUGCUGCUACAGGCACUCGACGCAGCGGAUAUAGCCAACGGCCAGGCUAUCGAUAUCGAUCAUCCGACCCAUAGUCCAACAACAGCGUCAACGGAUAUUCUACCCGGUCUGCUCGAACAGCCAACAACAGCAGCCACGUUCCCAUACCCAUCCAAUGCCACUGGCAUACCACCGCUGGCGGGGAAUUCGAGCUCGGAUGUAUAUCUGCCGGCGGGCAAUUUAAGCGGUUUCAUCGAAUCCUCAACAACGGCGGCCAGUGCAGUGAUGAGCACGCUACCGCUACCGCUUCCAAUACCCACCAGUACCAUGGCCACGUUCCAGGCUCAGACGGUGGCCACCUUCAUUGCCGCCACUGGGACUAAGAAUCGCCCAACGACCAUCGUUGUCUACCCAACGGUUUCACCCGAAUCGAUCGUCAUACCGAUCGUCUCGUGCAUCUUUGGUUUCCCGAUCCUGGCCCUGAUCGUGAUCUGCUGCCUAAGGAGGAGGGCCAAGUUGGCCAGGGAGCGGGACAGAAGGAGGAAUUAUGACAUGCAGGACCAUGCCGUCAGCCUGGUCAGAUUUAGUCCAAUACAUAGGCUUAGUGAGUUUGAAUGUCGUGUAAUGUGUGUACGAAGAACUUUUCUUUGCUCUUUUUCUCGUCUCGUCUCGUCUCGUUUCCUGUUUUUAUCUCUGGUCUUGCAGGCACUCGCAGAUCGAAUGACUUGUCCGCAUUUCACGAACAUAGUCGAUAGACUGUCGAAUGCAUCGCAUCCUGCAUCCAGCAUCCUGCAUUCAGCAUCCUGCAUCAAUCAUCUCAACCCCUUACCUCACCUGCAUUCAGAAUUCAUCUUUAUCCUCACUUCAACAUGCAUACAGAAACUCUCUCACUAUACUUGCACCCCUAGCUUCUUUUUUUCUUUUUUGUUUUACUCUUGCCCGGUGAUAUACUCAACUCGCUUUCUCUCCUUCACUUUUCCUCUUAAUCUGUGCCAUGUCGUAGUCAUUAAUACACCUGUCGGCCAUUGUUCCUGCCUGCCUGCCUGCCUGCCUGCCCGCCCGCCCGCCUGUCCGCCUGCAUAAAAGCAAGUUAAAAUUCACAAAAGGAUAACACACACACACACACACACAGACAGAGAGAGAGGAAGCCCGUCGCAUCAUCAAUAUCAUAAUCAUUGUUUUUUUAAGAGCCCGCAUGUCCAAAAAGUGUACCUUUGUGUGCGGCAACUGAAUUGCCAUUGUCAGUGGCCAGUGGCCAGUGCAGAAUCAAUACCACAUUUCACCGAGAUGCAUUAGCCACACUGAAAGAAAAUGCACUCGAUUAAGGGGCAUAAAAUCAUAAUUUUUCCUUUUCAUAGUUUACUUUGAGUGUUUUUUGUUAGUGAAAGUAGAAAAAAGUAACCAUUCUCCGUGCUUUUCUUUUAUAAUUAUGAAAAAAUAAGAGUUACCGCCACUGUUAAAAUGACAAAAAAUAACAUCCCGCACGAUUGCGUAUACGCGAUUUUUUCACCUCUUAAAGUAACUGCGAUUAAUUCAACAGUUAUGGCUGGUAUACCAUGCUCCAUCCUGACAAUAUUGCAGUUCUUAUCGAGACAACAAAAAGAUUCAAUUUAUAUAAAUUCUGGAGGUAAGCAGUGUUUCCCCUAAAAGCAAACUACGAGAAACGUGAGCUGAGUGAAAGAAAUACAUCCUACACCUACACACAUGCUGGCGUGUGUGUGAGCUGCUUUACAAGUGUCAAACGCAAAGAGAGAAAGGGGAAACAGAGAGAGAGAGAGAGAUCUAAGGAGAGUAGCCUGGCUGCAUUUGCAUUUGCAUAGCAUACCUUUGGGCGCUAGCAGCCCUGUUUGCAUAUCACAAAAUCAAAUGGGGGCAAAAGCGGGCUGCGGGUACCGGCGCGGUGGCGUGGACGGUGCGGAAUAACAAAACACAAAAACAAAAAACGAAAAAAAAAAAGAAAAACGAAAAGAACUAGUAUAGUAGCUAGCCCGCUUAUUUAGAUUUGCCAGAGACACACACACACACACACACAACGUUAUCCGCGCCCCCUGCAGCUACCACGCCCACUAAACCACGGUGUCGUGCAAGAAUUUCAGUGCUUUAUGCACGCACGAACACGCAGAAACAUUUUUAUAACUGUAAAUUUCAUAUUCAGAACGCGGGGCGUCGAGUGAAUGUGAAUCCGCCACUUCAGGUCGCAUAGAAAAAAGCACUCUGAAAAAAAAAAAUAUAUGAAAAAAACAACAACAACAAAAAAUGAGAAGAAGAAGAAGAAGAAGACCCCCAAGCUUAGUCAACCCUUUUCAUCAAAAAUUCACGUGAAAAAUGCAGUCACAUUUUUCUAAUACCCUUCAGGAAGUGCCCUUUCUACCCUCUGUUUGCCUAAACUGACAUUUUUGCCCCCCACGAAUGAUACAUACAAAUAAUGAUGCCAGCAUACAUCAGGGUUUUUCCCUUUUAAAUUGGACUGAAAAUGUUAAUGUUAAGGUAUUUGCAUAGUUACUUAUCAAGUUCGGUUAAUGCCCUUUAAAAUCUUUCAAGAACCUCCAACGUGUCGUAUGAGUAAUUUUAUGGGAAAAAACCAACCUAAAAACUUAAAUUAAACUCUAAAUGACAGAUAAAAUUUCGGAAAAUUGGCAAAUUGUUAUACCCUCUUUAAGUAUAUAAAAACGAUGAAUGCAAAAUGUCAGGCUUGGGUAUGAAAAUGGGAAAUGUAUGCCCUUUCGGGGACUUUUAUUCACUGUGCAGCUCCGCAACGAUGAUGAUGAUCAAGGUGGCGUUGACACGAGGUCGACACAACCGCAGGUCGCAAACGAAAAAAACAAAAAACCAACAAACAAAAAACAAAAACCGACAACCGCAAACUACACUUGUUUUUGGCUCUGUGCUGGCUGUCUUGGCCCCCUAAAAACAACACAUAUUUUGCGAUGGGCACAUGCGUUCUCCUUUUUUUGGCAUACAUUUUCGCAAAACGAUUACGCAUCACCGCAAAAGCCUCUGUUUUUGCUUCUUUUGUCCCUGGCAAUUUCCCUCUCCCCUUCUUGUUUACACACACACACACACAUACAACUUUUUUCGAGUUGUUUAAUAUUUGCUCUACAUUUUUCAGGGCUAAAACUCAAAUUGAGUUAAUCAUUGAGAGGAAGAAGAGUUCAUUUGACUAUUCACCGCACAAAGAGUGUUUCAUAAAUGAUGACUAAAAGCGGCAGUUUUAGUUUAUUUCCUUUACAUAUUUGUAUUUAUUUUAUUUGCAUGAAGUAGCUUUCACAAUUUUCCAUAUUUUCCAACUUUAACACAGCUCAAUGAGCUAGAAAUUAGAAUUUUAUUCCAAGAAUUUUCACAUUUUUCUUUGUGCCUUUUCUUUAAAUCUAUAAUAAAAGAAAGAUUACAUUUUUGGGUAGAGAGAAAAUGCUUUUGCUAGAUUGGCAAUGAUAUAUAUUUCCAACUCUUGACAUCUGAUGCCGUGCAAGUAAAUCACUUUUCACCCCCCCAAAAAAAUUCAUUUUCGGUGCGUGACACCUGCACAUCCCUCACACUUUCAAUGUGUCUCCACCUCUCGAUAUCGCUCACAUCCUCGCACAUCCUUCACCCCUCAUUCAAGGACAGCAAAGACAGUGACUAAAAUAUUGUUUCUCUUCCCGAUACCCAAAACCAUCCACAGAUUACCGAUCGUCGCGAGCUAUCAGUCUACGUCCUGAACGAAGCCUAAGCCAGGGCUUCACUUCCCUGGAGCUGGACACUGUGCUGGAGGAGCGUUGCAGUGACGUG